CUUUGUACAGGCUACAGCCUUUUCACAUACCUAGAGUUAUGUUGUCUUACGCAGCAGUUUACUUAACCUAGAUCUUACAUAGUUAGAUCAGUCGUCACUUACAACUGAACCAUUACAGUCCAUCUUUCUGUAAUACUUAUUUAAUAUAUUUUGUGAACUAAACUCCUCACUGACUUUACUGAUUGGAGUCGACGGGUACCUCGCAUCGGCCCCUACAUGUUUAUGGUCCUUCGAACCUAAGUGAUUAGUGAAGUGCAUCUGUGACGGUAGCGAAUCGGUAUUCUCGGCCUUCCACCAGCGGACCUCCCCGAGAGUAUUGAGACAAGGAAAAUCGCACAUACCUGAACGUGUUUGUACCAGCUAAUCUUAACUGACACGAAAACAAAUCGUGUAGACGACCAACCAGCAAAACUAACUACUUACCAGCAAAACUAACUACUUAUCAAGAAAACUAACUACUUAUCAAGAAAACGAACUACUUAUCAAGAAAACUAACUACUUAUCAAGAAAACUAACUACUUACCAAGAAAACUAACUUCGACAUUCAACACAAUGAAUACCGAAGCACUGAUCAAGCGUCAAGAGGACUGCUUUGAUAGCAUCAAAAGGAUAUGUGUUAAUUUCGGCAAGGACGCUCCUGAAAGAAAAACACUGGAGUAUCUUAAGAAGAGAAUCGAAGCUCUCGAUACGCACUGGCAACAAUUUGCAGAAACUGACAAGUUACUGAACGCGGGUGAGGAGAAAAACUUAUCUUAUUUUACUAGCAACGUGUUUGUGAAAGCUCAGGAGAAAUAUCUUAGAGCUAAAAGUCAGAUGGUGGCUUUACAAGCGCAGUGGGUAGCUGAACUAAUGAAGAUUCAACCACAACCGACUGCUGGAACGUCUAAGGAAGAGAGAGGAGAGUCAGCCGGGACGUUCGGCGUAGUGCAAGACAUAUUUGGAGGGAUAAAUACUGAUUUAACUGACAGGAAGAGCGUCUUGUUACAACAACAACAAGGUAAUUUCAAAGCUUUUCAACGUGCCGCUACCAAGGUCAACAUCGACACCAUCGAGGAAAAAUGGGACCUGGAAGAUCGGUUAAAUAUUCUCAAGACUAAAUGGAAUGCUAUUGACAAAAUUCAUUGGGAAUUGGACAACUGGCUCAACGGAUCUAACGAAUUAUAUGAGCAGGAGUAUAACAGGUUAGAGAAUCUCUAUGAAGAAUUACGCAAGGUCAUCAACAAGAAGAUGUGGGCCAACUUACACUACGAGAAGUCUACGCCGAGAGUAGAAAUCCCGGAAUUCUCUGGCGAGUACGCUCAGUGGGUUUCAUUUAAAGAUAUCUUCAUGGAAACGAUUCAUAACAACCCCCUUAUCAGUAAAACACAGAAAAUGCAGCAUUUGAAGACAAAACUUAGGGGUGAAGCUGAGAAACUGGUGCAGCAUUUAACUGUGUCAGCAGAUAAUUACGAGUGCUGUUGGGAAAUUAUUCAAAACCGGUUUGACAAUAAGAGACUGCUAUUUUCAUCAUACAUCAAUACUCUGUUAAACCAACCUAUUGUCCAGCAACCGAAUGCGUAUCAAAUAAAGAGGAUGCAUGAUACGACAUUAGAAGCCUUGAACGCGCUAAAGAACAUUGGAUUGGAUACUUCGACUUGGGACCCGAUAGUGGUUCACCUCUUGUCACAGAAGCUGGAUGCAGCCACUUACAAUGACUACGUGCAAGGCUUACAAAAACCGAGAGAGUUUCCAGUGCUAAAGGAGUUACUAAACUUUCUAGAAUCCAAAUUCAUGGCCUUAGAAACCGUCAAAACUAAUCACCCAGCGGUGAAAAGUUAUUACAAGAAUAACGAGGUCAAGGCGCCGAACUUCAAGAACGCGGAAAAAGGCAGCAAAUCAUUCCAUGUUUCUAUGAAAAACUGUCCACUAUGCAAGAAAGAUCACGUCCUCAUGAAUUGUCCAACAUUCUUAAGCACGAACGUGCCUAACAGAAUUGCAACUGUCACGAAAUUACGAGUGUGCAGAAAUUGUUUAUUCGACCAUUACGGUAAACAAUGCGAUUCUAAUAAAAAAUGCAAAGUGUGUAACAAAUCGCACCACACAUUUUUGCACGAAACUAACUUCAAAGGACAAUCAACAUCAACCCCUUCGUGGUCACCCCAGAAAAAUACUAACCUUGUUAAAAAAGAGGAAGAAGAAGUUUUACUUACCACCGUGAAAAUUAUGGUUAAAAAUACUGAUGGGAACUAUAUAGUAUUACGAGCUUUACUGGAUCAGGGAUCUCAAGUGUCACUGAUCACUGAGAACGCGGCGCAGCGACUCAGACUGGCGAGGCAAAAGGGAAACGCAGUCGUAUCAGGAGUUGGAUCAGCAAUGGGCAGCAGCAAAGGCUUACUGACACUGGAGUGUAAAUCAAUACAUUCAGAUUAUAAAUUUAUUAUAAAGGUGCUCAUAAUGAACAAACUGAUUAAUAACUUACCCAAUACUAAACUAACCACGUCAAACUGGACGCACCUAGACAAUAUUAAACUGGCUGACCCCGAUUACUUCACUCCUGGCCCAAUUGAUCUAUUGCUCGGAGCGGAUAUUUACUCCGAGAUUAUACUGGAGGGAGUGCUGAAGCAGGAUUCAAACUCUCCCGUCGCGCAGCAGACCAAGUUGGGCUGGAUUCUAUGCGGAAACACCAAAACAUUCAAGUGCUUUGUAACCCUCAAUGAGAUAGAGGAGUUAACUAGAUUCUGGGAAUCAGAGGAAAUAACAAAGGACACCGAGCUCACAGAUUCUGAAGCGUACUGUGAAAAGUAUUACGCGGAAACAACUGAACGGCAAGAAGAUGGCAGGUACAUCGUUAAGAUGCCUCUCAAGGAAGAUAUAGCCUCCAAACUGGGAAGCUCAAAACCUCAGGCUAUCUGUCAAUUUCACCAGCUAGAGAAACGAAUGGCAAGGUGCGAUAAAUUGGCAAGUCGGUACAAACAAUUCAUCGAAGAAUACAUUGAACUGGGUCACAUGAAACCGGCGGUCAAUCAACCGAAUACUAUGACACUGCAAGUUUACCUACCUCACCACGGUGUAAUAAAGGAAUCGUCAACGUCAACAAAACUACGAGUUGUAUUCAAUGCGUCUAUGAAAACUAGCAGCAAGUACAGUUUGAAUGACGAAGAUGUAUUUGUUUUCAAUUGGCAAUUACCUCAGCAAAAGUCAAGGCUCACUAAACGAGUACUACUGUCAAACAUCAGCAAAAUCUACGAUCCGCUAGGAUGGUUAUCACCUAUGACCGUCAAAGCAAAACUAAUCUUCCAAAAACUUUGGUUAGAUAGACUGAACUGGGAUGAAAACGUUUCCGAAAGCUCGUCGAAAGAGUGGGAACUGAUAAGAAGCGAAAUAAUAAACAUAAAUGAUGUAACAAUACCGAGGUGGAUCAGCUGUUAUAACAAUGUGACCGAGUUGCAUGGAUUUUGCGACGCAAGCGAAAAGGCGUUCGCCUGCGUCAUAUACAGUAAAGCGACGAAUGAUACCGGAGAAGUCGUUAUUACACUAAUGACAGCAAAAACUAAAGUUGCGCCUACGAAAAAGAAAACUACAUUACCGAGAUUAGAGCUUUGUGGUGCGCAAUUACUGGCUAAACUGAUGAACAAAUGUCAGAUGGCAUUAACUGACCUUCAACUGGAAACCUACUGCUGGACUGACUCACAAGUGGUCUUAGCGUGGCUUCAGGGAGAUAAAACAAGAUGGGAUAGAUAUGUUGCUAACCGAAGCAUACUGAUAACUAACUUAGUACCGGCAUCAAAGUGGAGUUAUGUGAAUACUAAAGAAAACCCUGCUGACUGUGCAACUCGCGGUUUAUCACCGAAACAGCUAGUUGAAGAAAAAAUCUGGUGGAAUGGUCCACAGUGGCUGAAAAAAUGGAGUCCAGACAACUUAAAGACCGAUGAAUCAUACUCAACUGAUCAUGACCUACGACAAACUUGCACUGUGACAAAAGGUGCAGACACCGCAGCUACAAGCGCCGGCGAGUGCAUAGUGAUGACGUUGCUAAACAACAAUAGUCGGCUCGAAUAUGUAACACGAGUAAUUGCUUAUUUAUUACGUUGGGAGAAGCAAUUAACUAAUGACUCUUACAAUAAAUACUUAUCUAUAUCGGAACUGAACUACGCAACUGAAGUAAUUAUCAGAGCUGUACAGCGAGACGCGUUCGCAGAAGAUAUCGAGAUGAUCUUGAAAACUGGAUUGGUGCACUCCAAGAGUAAAUUAUUAAACUUAUCCCCAUUUUUGGAUAAAAAUGGUGUACUGAGAGUGGGUGGAAGAUUGCAGUUUUCCGCCUUACCUAGCGAAACUAAACAUCCCAUGAUAUUGCCACAUGGCGGGAGAUUAACCGAGCUAGUUAUACAGCAAGCUCAUGAACUGACUCUUCAUGGAGGGGCACGCUUAACAUUGGCACAGACGCGACAACGCUAUUGGAUUGUUGGAGGAAAUAGAGCUGUCAAGAAAAUAAUUCGAUUGUGCAUGAAGUGCCGGCGAUACGCGGCUUCGAAGACUGACCAAAUAAUGGGAAAUUUACCUACUGAACGAAUAACCCCGUCGCGCCCGUUUACGAACACUGGUGUCGACUUCACAGGACACGUCGAUGUUAAAAUUAACAAGGGACGAGGGGUCAGAACAUGCAAAGGAUAUAUAGCGAUAUUUAUUUGCAUGUCUACUAAAGCGGUGCACAUAGAACUGGUGUCUGAUUUAACAACACAGUCAUUUAUUAUGGCCUUGAAGAGACUAUGCGCAAGAAGAGGAGUGGUGAAAUCGAUGUUUUCAGACAACGGGAAAAAUUUUGUCGGUGCAGCAAAAGAAUUACAAAGAGAAUUUCAACAGUUUGAAACACUGAUGUCACCAGAAUUUUUCAAAGAAGUGAACAAACUAGGCAUUAACUGGCACUUUAAUGCGCCAUUAUGGCCAAGUGCAGGCGGACUAUGGGAAGCGGCAGUGAAGUCGAUGAAGUUUCACCUGAAAAGAGUUCUCGGGGAGCAGAAAUUGACUUAUGAGGAAUUCACGACCUUGUUACACCAGAUUGAGGCGUGUAUGAACAGUAGGCCUCUUUGCCCCAUAACCGAAGAUCCGGAAGACCUGGAAUACCUUACUCCAGGCCACUUUCUCACUGGUGGUCCAAUAAUGUCAUUGCCACAGGAAGAACUUACCGAUGGAAAACAUUUGGAUCUAAGGAAUAGAUGGAAGUAUGUAGAACUGAUGCAUCAGCAUUUUUGGAAGCGAUGGUCCAGUGAGUAUCUUCAUCAACUUCAGACCAAAAGUAAAUGGUUGACGCGAAAAGAAGAUCUAGAAAAAGGAGAUCUUGUCUUGGUGAAGGAGAAAGGCUUACCUCCAGGCAAAUGGGCACUGGGAAGAAUAACUGAAGUUCAUCCAGGAGCUGACGGAUGUGUUAGAGUUGUCACACUGAAGACUCAAAAUAACACUGUCAAGCGCCCAAUAACUAAACUGACUCCAUUGCCAAUGAAAACUGACAAUAACUUACCAACUGAAAAGGAUCAACAUAAAUCAAAAGAGACAGAUACUGCUAACAAACUGAAGCCUAGAACCAAAAGGAGCAGACUGUGCAACUUUAUAACAACACUUAUGCUAAUACUUAUGAUAUUCCCGACGGGUAAUGCACAAACAUCAGCGAAAUACCAAGUUACGCCAUUUGAAGCUAAUCGACCAAUGUACUUUGAUGAAAUAGCCAAGGUUCAAGUCAUACACGACGAAUGGAUUGUACUGGUGUACUACAACUUAACAAAUUACUGGCAAACUACGGAAAAGGUUCAGCGGUUUGUCGAUCACUUAAGCAAGCAGUGUGGAAGAUUAGAAGUCGGGUACUGUAGUCAAGUGACAGAUCAUUUGCAACAUGAAAUAAAAAUGAUAUCAGAAAACAACAUGAUGUUAUUAACUGACCACUCAUCAAGAAAGAAACGAGGCUACAUAAACGGCGUAGGAAGUCUCGCACGAACCUUAUUUGGCGUACUAGAUCAAAACUUUGCCGAUAAGUACGCAGAAGACAUACAAAAGCUGCAAAUGAACGAUGACUACCAAGUAGAAUUGAUGAGGAAUCAAACACUUAUAAUUGAAGCGGAGAAUUCACUUAUCAAGAGCCAUGAGAAGUUUAUCAACAGCCAAUUCCAAACCAUCAAUAAAUACAUAAAUGAAACUGAAUCGGAUUUUUCAAAGAUUGAAAACCGAUUACUUCAACUAGCAGUAAUGAAUGAGUUAAAUGCUGAAUCACUGACGGCGAACUUAUUAAUAGCAGACUUGAAACAACAGCAAGAAAUGCUUACCAACGCACUUACUGACGUACUCCGAGGACACUUGGAUAUGAGACUGUUUACACCCAGUCAGCUGAUUGAUCAACUGAGUCAUAUUUCAUCCACAUUACAGAAAAGACUCUCCUUUCCGGUCAAAGACCUACGGAAAGACAUAAACAACCUUUACAAGUUGAUCUACGUCAAAACGAGAAUAACAAACUACAUGCUAUUUGAACUGCACAUACCACUAAUAAGCGAUGACGAAUAUGUCUUAUAUCGCACUAUACCGGUACCAAUGAAAAUUGGACAGAGUCAACUAACGAUAAGGCGGUCCAUGGAUUACAUCGCUACUAAUUUUGUGAAAAACACUUACAUAGCCAUGGAUGAAUUAGAAGUGCAGCAAUGUAUAACAACAGACGAUAACAAUAUAUUAUGUCACGCGCGGCACCCAAUAUACAACUUAUACAAUAAAGCGGCUCCGUGCGAAGCUAAAUUGUUAAGUCAGGGAAAUGCCUUACAAUGCAACUACACUCAAGACACAUGUUCGGAAAAAUGGAUCAAAUUGCACAAACCGAAUCACUGGAUAUUUGUUUGUUGUGAUUCAUAUUUACUACGCAUAAUGUGCGGGGGUCAGGUGAAAACCAGUACAACAUUGAAUAACACCGGAAUGAUUGUGAUUGGACAGGAUUGCGUAAUGCAGAAGGAGGAUGAAAUUAUUUACGCAUACAACACCUAUGGAAACAAUAGAGUGGAUGUAGAUACCGGGAUACAAGUUCCUACUAUAGACUCUACUAACAACCUGGUCACCGUCAAUUUGAAGCAUGUGGAUAAAAACUUACAAAUACUAAAUUUGACUGAGAAUCAUCGUGAACUUGAGGAGCGAAUUCUAGAGCAGAAGCAGCACGAGGUGACAUUGAACUCGAUAUCCGUGCAUGAGAUAGGCAACUACGCGGUGUCGUCAAUACUACUGGUGAUAGCAGCCACAGCCGGAUGCUGGUGGUGGAUGCGAGCGCGCUGCGGCAGGAGGCCGGCGGCGGCGCGGGUCGACACACUCACUCCAACCAAGGAAUGGAGUUACAGGAGAUUAUGCACCAGAGAGCUAUUCCUAUUGAGUCGCAGAAGCAAGCGAACUCAAAAGGAUUUAAUUUUGAUUUUUAGUUUUGAUUAUUUUACUUAA